AAAAGGAGGCCAAAAGAAGAAGAUGAGGAAGAGGGUGUUGGAGCCUCCUUGGACGAGCCUGAGGGAGCAUCGAGGGCGGGAGGAGGCGGACACACCACAACAACCCUCGCCUCUAUACCUUCAUAUGACUGCUGGGGAGGACCGCCGCCACACACUCCUGCGAUGAGUUUUUUUGGUUUCGGCCAAAGUGCCGAUAUAGAAAUCCAGCUCGAUGGAGCUGAAACGAGGAAAAUGGCUGAGAUGAAGACGGAAGAUGGGAAGAAGGAGCGCUACUUCCUGUACUAUGACGGGGAAAGUGUGUCGGGCAAGGUAAAUAUAGCUCUAAAAAAGCCUGGAAGUCGCCUGGAACAUCAGGGUGUAAAGAUUGAGUUUGUGGGUCAGAUUGAAUUGUAUUAUGACAGAGGAAACCAUCAUGAAUUCACCUCCCUGGUCAAAGAAUUGGCCCGACCAGGGGAACUCACUCACAACACUUCCUUUGAAUUCGAGUUCAACCAAGUGGAAAAGCCAUAUGAAUCCUACUCAGGCACCAACGUGAGACUCAGGUAUUUCCUCCGAGUCACCAUCGUACGAAGGCUGUCUGAUAUUGCUCGAGAGAUGGACUUGCUGGUGCACACACUUUCUUCCUAUCCUGAGAUGAACAAUUCUAUAAAAAUGGAAGUUGGUAUCGAGGACUGCCUACAUAUUGAAUUUGAAUACAACAAAUCAAAGUACCACUUGAAGGACGUUAUUGUGGGGAAAAUCUACUUUCUUCUGGUGCGCAUCAAGAUCAAACACAUGGAAAUUGCUAUCAUCAAGAGAGAAACUACAGGCUCUGGACCCAACACCUUCAAUGAAAAUGAAACCAUUGCUAAGUAUGAAAUUAUGGAUGGAGCUCCUGUGCGAGGAGAGAGCAUCCCCAUUAGAGUGUUUCUGGCAGGCUAUGACCUAACUCCCACUAUGCGGGACAUCAACAAAAAGUUUUCUGUACGCUAUCACCUGAACCUGGUGCUGGUGGAUGAAGAGGAACGCCGCUACUUCAAGCAGCAGGAAAUCACACUGUGGCGAAAGGGUGAAAGAUUGAGGCGUCCCCUUCAACAGCAGCUAAUGGCCCAGCAGACCAUAUCACAUAAGAAUCAGCAAAGCUCAUUCCCACAGUCACAUCCACAGGGCCAACCACCUGAGUUUAAUCCUCCAAUGCCCUCUACUGGGGCUGAGCCUCCGUCCCCGCAGCAGUCACAGUCUCCUAUGCAUGAGGAAGCCCCAGAACAGAUCCCUCAGGCCAAACCCUCACCACAGUUACACACCAGACACCAACACACUGCACCCACUAUCCAACCCAAGCCUCAGCUGGAGCCUCCAGAUGAGGAUGACUCCACUCCUAAACUGCCUUCACCCCCCACUGAACCCCCCACCAGUAUUGACUCUCCAGAGGAAGAGUUUGUGGAGGCUCAAGCAGGCUCACCCUCUGAGGAUGAGGAUGCAGCAGAAGCAGAGCAAGAAAGAGUCAAACCCUCACCUGCAGUAUCACAAGAGCCUGUUCCAGUCGCUCAGUAAUAGACAAUCAAUUUCUGCCAGGUAGAGCUUAGUGUGGGAUGGGUGGGGUAGCUUAAGACAGUGACAGGGUUUACUGACCUCUCUUAGGAAUGGCCUUUACUGUAUGGGUUUAUUUCGCACUCAAACUUGCUUUAAAGUGGCCAUAACUAAGACAUGUGUCCUCCCCAAUGUACAGUGGUAAAGGGAUAAUAUUCUAACCCUCCAGUAACAUAUUGUAGUCUUGGAAGAAUGUAAUGAAUCAUAUAAAUCUUUUAAUGAAGAAUCUAAGCAAAUUAUUACAUACUGUAUAUAAAAUUGAAACAUAAGCAUUGAUGAAACUUCCAUUACCUCUUUGAUUCUUUCAGUUAAUGAGACAUAUUUUGCAGUUAUAUAUUUUUUUAUUAUCUGCAAAGCUGUAUCUUCACUAUGGGCAACUUACAUUUUGUUUCCAUCAAGAUAGCUUGGUCUUAUAAUGUAAGGCAAAUUAGUUUAUAGGUUUAGACAAACAUAAUUAAAACUUUAUGCCAUUAUUUGCUUCUAGAAUGCUCACUUAAUUUGAGCAUAUGAUAUUUUGUUAUGUGGUAAGUCUGAAUUGCAUAUUUUUAUACAUAGUUUUUUCUGUAAAUUAUUAAAAAGCAAUCCCAAGACUUUUGACUUUCUUGGAUUCAAAAUUUGGCAUAUGCUUUUGUAGAUUACCUAGGAGCUAUGUUUUAUAAUAAUUUUCAGAAAAAGCUAUACAGAUGUUAAAGUUGAUUUUUUUAAUUUAUAUUUAAUGAGGCUGCUACUCAUCAGUCAGUGUCAAUCUGAGUCUUUUAUAUAAUGAUUUCCAGGCUAUUAGUCCUAUCAAUAUCAUAAUUUUGAAAGAUCUGAUGAUAUGUUUAGAUGUUUGAAAAUAUUACUACAGUUGCCUUAAAACUUGUGUUACAGUGUUGCAAAAGUAGUAUAUAUUUUUGGUGCAGUGCAGGGAUCAGUAUCUUAGUUCACAAUUGGGUGAGAUUGCUGUGAAUGUUGAAUAUUUGUUAAGGAUUUUUCACCACUGAUGGUACCACAUGAUUGUUAGAGUAUCCAUGUCCUAUGGUAUGAACUUCGUGUUGGUCAGUUAGUAUUGUGCUCAAAAUUCAUUAUUUAGUUAUUAUCCAGUACAUUUUCACACCCCAAAAAAAUAAGACUGCUGAGACAUGGCCAAAUAGAUGGAACAUUAACAAGGGGAAAAUUGAGUUUGGGCAAGUGAGUGAUUAGUACAUAGCGACACUGUACAAAUAACUGUCUUUAGGAAAAGAUGCCAAAAGUGGAUUGAAAUAUGAUUAAUGUAAGAUGAAAUUGUAAGCCUUUAGUUGUGAAAGCAUACCAUCUUUAAAAGGCUACUGUGGUUCCUUUCAUCAUAACAAAGAAAUGUACAUACUACUAUAGCAAGUUCUUGAAUGAAAACUUCAUAUAUAAGCACACACACACACACACACACACACACACACACACACACACACACACACACACAUGAAUGCAUGUACACACACAUAAACACACACACUGCUUCAUAGCUCAGUGGAUAUCACCUUUGCCUGUCACUUAGCAGGCUGAGAUUCAAGUCAUGCUCAGACCAUUAAAAUUUUUUUUGCUGACAGGGGUGGUUACUGUCCUCCCUUGAGAAGAACUCAAAAGAGAGCUACUUCUGGGAGGAUACUGACUGGUGAUCAUGAGUCCAGACCAGAUCAUGGGUGAAUGGCACACAUACAUGAGCAGAGCAAGGGGUAAAUUAUAUGGAAUAUAUUAUUCAUGUAAUAAAGUGAUCUAUUUAAAUAUCAAAUGCUUCAUAUUUUGCAGUGGUGCGCAAACCUAAAUUGUAGAAGGAAGGGCCUUGAACAGGUCUGAUGUCAAAGGUCUAAUCUCAAGAAGAUUCUGUUACCACAGAUAUCCAGAGUUAAGCCGAGCUCCUUUUACACCUGUGGAGGCUGUUGGGUUGCUAAUUCAUAAUACCUUUUCCUGAGUCCCUCCCCUAUUCUUGCUCUUCAGAAAUCUCCUCCUCAGAUCAUAUUAAUCAUGGUGGCCAGUUGAAAAUGCUACUUGUCUUUGGACCAGUAUGCAAUCUGAAUCAAUUUUUUUUCUACGAUAAUAUUGAAUUGAUGUUAUCCUAGCACCAUGCAAGUAGUGCUAAAGUUAAUGUAAAAGAUGACAGUAAGAGCUGUGCUAUGCCAAAAUAAUUUAUAAAUAACAAUUGAAGCUUUGUCCAGCAUCCCCUUUGCAAAGACUAUUGGUAUUAUGUUGUUAAAUAAUUUAAGGUAAUGUAUACCACUUUUUUUUCUGAUUUACACAUGAAUGUUAAUUAGUGAACCUUUAUUUAAAUCUGAUAUUUCAAUAAAUGUGGUAAUACAGAUAAUUACUUUGAUUCAAGGUAGUUUGAUUUUUUUCACAAGAAAUGAUUGGGCAGUUUGAGUAAGAAUUGGCAAUUACCGUAGUGUCUUGUGUGUUGAUCUAAUUUCUGACUGCCCAUUAAAAAAAAACAGGAAAACAUCAAUGUGUAUUGUAUAAAUUGUAUCUUUUCCAGUCAUAAUUGUUCCUGUGAAUAAUGAAUAUACAUAUGUAAGUAUUGCUUUAAACUAUGUAAGCUUUUUCACUUAUUAGAUUUGUUGGUGGUGACUUUGGUUAAAACUGCAUACUAACAGAAAUAAGUUUAUGAAAAAUAAUAUGUUUUUUUCCAGCUAAUUUAAGCAUACUUAGCAUACUUUGUACACUAAUAAAGUGUGUGUGUGUGUGUGUGUGUGUGUGUGUGUGUGUGUGUGUGUGUGUGUGUGUGUGUGCACGCAUAAUGCUGUGAAUUCCUUUCUUUUUUAGUUUGGUAUUGAUCAGACAUGCAAAUGAUAUACAAUAAUAUUUUAAAUUUUCUUUGUUGUAUAAGGGAUUUAUUACAUUAUAUAUAGAAUAACUGAAUUAUCACUGUAUAUAUGGCUUUCAUUUUGUAAACAUAAUGAUAUUCAUACCAUUAAAUCACUUUCAGGAGUUGUGUAGAUUUAUACUUGAUGUGAAGAUUUUGAUGGUAGUUAGAGUGAAAUGUGCUACAUCUUUAGAUAAGUUGAACAGAAAGAAGCAUCAGCCCUAUCAAAAGUUUAUCCAAAGUGCAUUGCUUAGAAAUGCAUAGCAAAUAUACUGUGAUUACAAUACUAUAAGUUAAAGCAUGUGAUCAAGCCAUGUCUAACAGCCCUGAAAUCACUGAUAAAUGCAGCAACUUUUCUGAUAUGAAUUUUAGAUUGUUUAUUUUCCAAAUGAUUACAGGUCACUACAUCAGAGUACAUACAUGUGUAGUCAGGAGUCAGCAUGAAUAUUUAUGUGGUGGUUCUCUUCACCUUGCCAGAGCAUGGAGCCGGGUCCUUGAUAAUAUAGUGUGUGUGUGUGUGUGUGUGUGUGUGUGUGUAAAGAGAGAGAGAGAGAGAGAGAGAGUGUUUCUUUACAGUAUAGCAAACGAUAAAGUAUAGGUGGAGAUUACUGUCUGAGCAGUUUGCCGAACAUCCUCACUAUGGAUUUUUAGCUCACAAAAUGGUGACGAAGUUAGAAUUGAAAAAUAACUACCAUUUCCUUUGAUGCCUAAGACAUAUGGCUUUCAUAGGUGAACAGGAAAAUAUGGAUUGCAAAAGUAUAUUGACAUGCAUAAAUGUGCGUGUGUGUAUGUGCAUGCAUAUAUAUAUAUAUAUAUAUAUAUAUAUAUAUAUAUAUAUAUAUAUAUAUAUAUAUAUAUAUAUAUAUAUAUAUAUAUAUAUAUAUAUAUAUUAGGUAUCCCAUCACCUCAUAUUAACUUUUUUACAAGUGAUAGAAAAACUGUACAAAUUCUUAAACAACUGACUUUCUCCCCUUGGCUCAUGUAUGCCCAGCUCUGUUUGGGUUUAUUUGAUGUCUAACCUUGAUUUGUAAUAAGUUAUACAGGUACUUUCCUACUUGUAAAUGCAAAACUUCUAAAUGUUAUAAUUUGAGCCAAAAGAAAGUUGUAAUUAAUUUCAGAUUCAAAAGUAAGUUUGGGUAUACACUGUCUGCCACACAUGUCAUUGUAGUCAUCCAUCCUCACCCAUCACUGCUUGUACUGUAGAUUUGUGCACCAACCACACACCAUUUAUAUCACGGACAUAACAGUAUGCAUUUUAUGCAAUUUUCCGGUCAUUCAAUGGAUUUCAGUUGCCCUAUACAGUGGGGUAAGGUAGUAACGACAUUGGCUGUAACUAAGGUUUUCUAACUAGACUGGUACAUCCAUAACUACAUGAGUUAGCAGUGUUGCACCAUUAUGGAGGGAGUGCUGAAGGGGUCAAUCAAUAUGCCUUUUUACCCUUAAUUAAAAAUUAUUCCAUUACCUUUAAUCAAUAAUUGAAAGACUCUCCAGCCUCCCUCCCAGUGUAAACUGAACUAUUAGCUGUAAGUUAUGUGUUAUUCACUUGUUAUUUUCUUUGAUUUUUAGGUAACUUGUCCAUAUGUUAAAAGUUUAUGAUGAAUGUAUGUGGUGAGUGCCAUUCUUCAAACCUGUUUUCUGCUUUCUACCUUCUUUCUGUACAUUAUAUUGGUUCCUUAUCAGAUAUAAAAACACUAACUUUGAAAAGUUUGGUGAAUAAUUGUCAGUUGUUUGAUUGACUUCUUUUACUGUAUCUAUUGUUUUCAUGCAUUAUACUUGUAUAAAAAUGUGUAUAGAUGCAAUUUCCUGGAUGAGAUAAUAAAUUCUUAUAAAUAUU